UGGGGUGGGGGGGGACAAAGGCAUGAGGGACCUGGCAGGGCAGGUCACAGUCUGGGUCCAUCAGGGCUUUGACCAGAUGGACAGAAAAAUACCUUCUGGCCCAAUGGCUUAUGACCAAACAUUGUAAUAAGAGCCAGUCCACGUUCAGCAGAAACCAAACAGCUCCAUCACAGAAAGCACUUUGGACCAAUAAUUCUGCAGUUAUAACUUUAUCAUUAGAAAUCAAAGCAGCCAGUAUUAAAGUUGUAAGAAGUUUGCGUAGCAAAGCAAUCACAUCUCGGCACUGCCAGCUGCUGGCCCGUGUCUGCUGUCCCCGUGUCACACGUCUGUCAUGAGAGAACCUUUCUCUGACCCAGGUCCAUGGGAAGCAGGAGACUUUUGGUCCCUCAUAGUUUUCUUUUCCUCAUAAUCACGGUAUGCUUCACAUCUGAACCAAAGGUGACAUUUUUCUGGACUUAACUGGAUGUCAAUCUGGACAUUUUCCUAUUUGUGAAAUUGUGAAAUUGCAGAGUUAACAUUCAGCUUUCCAUUCGUUCUCAAAAGCUGAGACGUAUUCUCAAGUUAGAAUUGUUUUUGACGUUCUAAAUACAGGCAAAUCAUUGAAGAUUCUUGAACGUGAUUUGGCUUACUUUUAUACUUGUACACCAAACAUUUUUAUAGAGAUUAUACAUAUGAUCUAAUUUGCUCUCUGUUAUGCUGCCUCAUGUUAUCAUUCAUAUUUUUAUGCAUAUUUUUUGACCCCCCGAAGGGUGUACUAUCCCCCCGGAAGUUUUCCCACUGGUUCUCUGCCUGUUCACCUAAGUGUCCGUGGUCCCCGGCCCCCAGGCUGGCAGACGCCACGGCCUCCUUGCAGGACAGUCCCUGCGGACCUGCGCCCCAGCCCCCUCCGCCCCUGCUGGCUGAUGAGCUGUGACCUGCGUCUCGCUGGGGCGGGAGGGGUGUGGCCUGGGAGGCCGAGGGCCGGCGGCCGGGAGGAGACGGCGUCUCCCAAACAUGCCGAGGGCCUGCGGACUCCGCCUUUACUUCCGAUCAAAGACAACGCUUUUGAUUUCCUAUCUUUGUUAACGCUAAAUUUGAAGGUUGACCUUUAAAGCUACUUCUGUCUCCUGCUCAAAAUGUCUCUGCCCCUUGGGGUUCCGGUGCUGAGAUCAAAAUUUAGUAAGUUGUGUGGAAGGGUGAAGUCAUUUCUGGCCAAACGCUCGCUGUGCUGGUAAAGCUUCUCACCGGCAAGCUUUACUGCCCUUCUCCUGGUUUCUGACCUUUCAGAUGCUGUGGUAAUCACUUCUCCCACGAUCGUGGGAGCCCGGGGCCUGGAAACCAGAAGCUCCCCUCUUGGGCUCGUGGGGCAGGGGUCUCCCUCCAGCUGCACUCGGUAAUUUGGGGGGACCGCCUUCCUGACCUUUUGUUUCAAAGAUUUCGAGGCAUCAGCGUCCCAGCCUUGGGGCUUCGCUGUCGGCCUGUUAACAGGAGGAGGUCUUUCCCCGCCACGAUUCCUGGUCUGUGGGAAGAUGCCUUCGGUGGGUGCUCAGCGGCAGAUCACAGACAGCGGGGGGAGUCGCGUGGUCGGGCCACCCUGUUAACAGGCUGCUCACACAAACUUAACGCACAACGUUUCUGGGAAAGGAGGCUUGUGCGCACCAUUCCCCAGACGGCCCAAGGAAAGCUCCCCCAGAGCCAACUCACCGUCUCGGCUGGGGGCCGCUGCCGCCAGGUGCCGCAGACGGGGGCCAGAGGCGUGCCCUGCCCCAGGCUCCGCCCCGCGGGGCGCUCCCUGCCUGCCGGCUCCCCUAGCUCUUCAGGAGGGAAAGGGGAGGGGACAAGAGGUGCCUGGGUUUUGUGUCCGCCCCUCCCAGCCACCUCGUGUGGAGCAGCCCAAUGGACAGGGGCAGCAGCGGACAAAUAACUUCAAGGCCGCGCAGCAGUCAGUGGGGACGUGGUGGCGGCUUGGGUUCGUGCAGCUGCCGCAGGGGGCACGGCGCCGGGGCCCUGGGUGGGUCUCUACUCUCGAGCCCACAGAUUUGUCGGGGCGGAGCGUGAAAGGAAGAGGGGUCACCACGGACCCCAUCAGUUCGCCUGGGCGUCUGCACGUCGCAGCUGCCACCACGGACGCGGGAGGACCGAGGGGGCCCCCGGGAGUCUGGCUGGGGCCUCGUAAGGUCUGGAUGGCAGCUGGACAGCGCAGAGGCCGUCAGGGCGCAGGUCCGGGCUCCAGGGACUUUACGGGGUGUUUCAGGUGCACGAGAGCGUGUGGGAGGGGUUGGUCCCUGAGGAUCGCGGAGCAAGGACCAAAAUCCGUGUCUGUCAGAAUGUACCGUCUGCUUCUCAGCCCUUCUGGGUUUGGGGACAGGACUGGGCUGUGGGGUCGGCUCUUGGUAAAGAAGCCACUUGAGGGUGAUCAGUAGACACUGGCGGCAGGGGCGGUCAGGUGGUCUCUGGAGCACGACUUCUCUGUGUGAUGGGCGUUGCCUCAAAGUGUUAUCUCAGUCUUUUAUCUUGUUCCCAAAUAGAACUUGGAGCACUUUGCAAAGACUGACACAUGGAGGGGUUAGGGAAGGGAUGACGGGGUGGGGAGCGUGGCCCAGGCUGUGCGCCCCUGGUCGUUCGCGCUCUCUCUGCGCCCGUGUUCCCACCAAGCCCGAGGCUGAAGGUUUCUCCAGCCCUCGGACCCUGACGCUCCUGAGGCACUUGUUAACAAACCCUAGAUGCCCAGCUCCUCCCUCAGGCCCCAACUCAGUAAGCUGGGCCCUGGAAUCUGCCCCUUGGCUUCCCCAUGACCCUCCCUGCUGGACAGGGCCCCCGUGUCCCAAGCCUGGACAGCCGGGGCGGGGGGUGUCUCUGUGCCAUCAGCUCCUGGCCGCCUGCUGCUCAGCCUUGUGUGCGGCAGGCCAGGCACCAUUGCUUCCUGCCGCCCGAGUGCAGUUGUGCAUGUUGUGCACUGCACAAGGGCCCUUGGCUGAGGGGACAAACUGGGGCUGAAACCCAGGCCUGGCCCACGGGCUGCGCGCAACACACCAGCUGCCCUGGUGCCCGAGAGUCGUCCAGGUUGCUAAGGAGCUUGACCGCAGCAGGCCUUGUCAGCCUCCAGCACAGUGGCCCCAGGGGCCAAUCCUUCCUCCUCAUCGCUUACCCGCUCAGCUCUGCGCGGAUUCUGCUGGGCCCCGGCUUUCCCUGGCGCCUCCCCGACCCUCCCCACUGCUGCCCCCAGGGCCUCUUUUCUGGGCCACUCCACCCGGCCUCCCCUGCUGCUUUUCCACCUCCUCACACUGACACAUGCACGCACGUGUGCACCCCGUCCCGCCCGCCAACACCGUCCUCCCCAGCGUUCCCCCAUCCCCGGCGGGGAGGUCUCCUGUGAGGUCAGCUUCUGAACGGGGGUCUCGCAGCCCCUUGGCAGCCCCCGUCGGGGUGCUCCCCAGCCCUGCAGAGCCAGCCUGGGCCUCCCAGACACUGAGCCCCCGGACCUGGAGGGGUCAGGGCCCCCACGCCUUCCAUUGGGUCCCGUUUGCUGUGAGACUGUGGGGAAUCGUCCAUAAAUCCUGAUUUCAGGACUUUGGAGUUGACCAACACAGCCUCGUUUCUCAGUCUUCUCAAAAAUUUCCUUGUUUCUCAGUGAUAAAGUUUUCUGAUAAUAAACAAUACACAUCUGAACUUACAAAACACAGUUAUCAAACGCUGUUAAACAAGGCAUCGGCUGUCGUCUUGGGCGAGGAGCGGGGUGACCUCACGCCCGCCACACGCCUGCCUGGCUCCAGGCCCCCCGGCAGCCCCUGCUCGCGGCCCGGCACACGGCGGACACCGCAGGGGCGCCUUCUGCCUGCAGGAGGCUGGGGAGGCCUGGGGAGGCCCUGGUCCGCAGGGAAAGGCCCCCAGGGCCCUGCUCAGGGCUGGCUGCGGGUUCUCCUCUGCGGGAACCGUGAAAAGGAAAAGAAAAAGAGGAUGUGUAAGGCCCUCAGAGGCCCGAGGAGGAAACAGUCUGGGCAGCUCGUGAGCAGAAGCGGGGAGCUCCUCAAGGUGGGCAGGUGGUGGCAGAGGGGCUCCAGGUGGCCCUGGAGGAAGCUGACCCCAAGCCCGUGUGGCCGAGGUGGGUGAGGGGGGCCUGCCUGCCCGGGGGCCGGGCUGGAGACGUGGCCGAGCCCCCGUCCUCCCGCUGAGGAGGUGACGAUUCCCCCCUUCUGUCUAGACGUGGGGACAAACGAAGGGCUCAGGCUGCGGGCAGGGGCCGGGUAUGAGGACACGAGAGGCUGCAGCUUCGCCCUUCAGCUGCUCCCACAUUAGCAGACCUGGGUGGUUCAGCUCCUGGUGAAAAGAAAGAGCCCCAAGUAUCGGGCUGCCAGGCUUAUCAAAAAGUCGGUCUGAAGGACGCGGGGUUUGACAAAACUGCAUCUGUUGACGGGAGAAGCUAUUUCCAGUGACCUGAUAAACAAGUUGUCACUAUAUUGUAAUUAUAAUUAUGUCAGGAAAUAAAAGAGAGAUGGGAGGAAAGGUUCAAAAAAGAUGGUUUUGAGUUCGAAGCUGUGCCAUUCCAAACCCCAAGACUUGUGUGUAAGUUACUCCUUCAACGUAGACACCCCAGGAGGGAGAAGAGAGAGCGAGACAGACAGACAGGGACAGACAGGGGACUGAGCACAAAGACGUCCCCCAGCAGAGGGAGGGGGAGCCCCGCAGGUGUGAAAGCGAAGGUGAGGCAGAGAGAGGCGGCCGCUCCACCAGGCGUCUCCAUCCUGUCUCUCCCCUGAGAACCAGCCUCCUCCUGCCUGGUGGCCUCUCUGGAGGCCAGGCUUGUCUCAGAGCCAGAAGCAAACCCGCCAGCCCUCGGCGUCCCCUGAGACCGUGCAGGGCGGACUCUGGAAGUUUCGGUGCCGCUCAGGUUCCGGAUGAGAGGGGACUGUGCCUGCGGGUGGUCCUCACCGCGUCCCCUUCCUGCCCCCGGGACCGAGUCUCCACCGCGGCCUGGCCCGUCCCCGGGGACAGGCGGUCACAGCCCCGUGGGAGGGGAGGGCGCGGUCCUGGCCUCUCGAGAGCACCGUCCAGAAACGGCCACAAUAUCCAUCCACCACACUCAGCUACGAGGACGAGCGACACACACCAUAUGGUUUGUCUAAUAAACAGAGCGACCGAAACAGCGAAGAACGGUCUCUAAACAAAUAUCCCGAAGAAAAUGAAAACCAGCCAUCGUUUAGGAACAAAAGUGUAAUCAAAUUCUAAUUUUCUAUUCCAAUAAACAUCUUUGAAUUAAUGCCUAUUCCACUAAUUAUGAAGGUUUUUUAUUAGCGUUCUACUUGAUUAAUAAAGCACACAACACAGAUUACAUAUAAUAUUGCUGUCAUUUCCCCCUGGGGACGUAUGUGGUGGUUUCUCGAUCGCAUUUGAAAGCAAGAGCGAGAGGGGGAGAUGGCUGGGAGCACAAAGAGGGAGCAAAACGGCUUUUUAAAAGUAUGACUUUAAUUUUGUAAAAAAAAUAACCCUUCUUAGAUGGAUCCUAUCAGUUUACACCGCCCAGUAAAGCAGAUCAACAGCAUCGACUCAAUGGCAGGGCCCAGCCCGGCGGCCUGGAGGCUGCACUCGACGGUGGGCCAGGCUGUGGCCGAAGUCUGCGGGGAAGAUUGUCACCCACGGCGUUCACUUUGGACCCUGCAGCGGAGACGCUGCUCCCAGCCAUGGAGACGGAGCGGCUUGAAGUAAGGGCCGGAGAAGACACUGAUAAUGCAGAUUAGACGUAAACGUGAGUGGUGUCUACAAGGGUCACAUCUGAGCAGCGCACGAAAACAGAGGACACAUUCCUCCAGGCCCCGAAACCACGACCCAGCUCCGCAAAGAGGUCGCUGGCGCCACCGGUGAGCAGGGGAGUUCUGACCACGCCACGUGUUAAGGUGAAGACAGCCCGUGUUCAGGCUGGAACCACAGGUCGGCCACGGAGGCAGGAUCCCACCAGACCGAAGCCGGCCUCCUGCGAGGAUCCGUUAGCUCUGUGGCAGCCACAACAGGGAAGGCUGUGUGUGUUUUUACCGGUGCCGGUUGCGUGCAUUCCCAGCACCCCCUGCGCUGACCCCGAGUGGACCGCGUGGCCCCGGGCCUCCGCCCCCUCCGGUUCGGCCGCGAUCACGCUGCGCAUGCCGAUCCCUCCACAUCCCGCCUGUCUUUAGAGCUGCCUACGCACAACGUUUGCAAGGUCCGCUUUGCCCAGCAUCCCUCACUAUUCCUGGCCGGAGGGGCAUCUUUACGUCACAUGCAGAUUCUGACACGUGUUUGUCACGAGAAGCGUCACCCGUUGCUAUGUGCGCUUGUAUGAAACAGAGACAGCAACUUUCCAACACACGGAAAGCAGAAGCUUCCUGGACGCCUGGGCAGGGUUUAACCAGAAGCAAACAACUCGGGCAAAGGAGAUGCUGGUGGGGCGCAGCUAACAGAGUCCGGCCACUUUCCCUAUUCUACUGUCUUCUGAGAUGUAACACCUGUUUAAGAUGGAGAGAACGGUGUGCGACGCGGGAGGCAGAGGUACCAGGGUUACCGGGGAGCGUCUUGUCCCCUAAAACGAGACCAGCGACACCCAGAGCGGCCUGCACACCUUCCCAGAUUCAGCAAAUUUUUUCAGAAAAAAAAUGAAAUAAAGAAAUGCCUGGCAGUGUCAGAGUUGAUGGCAUUUGUAUUCAAAGUGUCUCCAAGAAGCCGGCUGUGAGCGGUGAAGAAGGGCAGGUGCAGGUCUCGUGUGUCCACACCCUCGGGGGGCCGUCUGUCCGUCCCUCUCAGGAGCGGGGUGCACAUGUCCCCCGUCACUUCAACGGAGCCUCUUUUCAUCCCCCUUCGUCCCCCAGCUGUAAUGGGAAUAUUCACCACCUGGACGAGAGCUGCAAAAACGUUCUGAGCUGUGGCUCGACAGUAGCCGGUGAGAGGAAAGGAAGGCGUCUUUUCCAGGAGGAAGUAGCCCUGCAUCUCUCCUCCCGCAUCAUGUGCCCUGAGAUGGUCCUCAGGUCAAGCAGGCUGUUCUCACGCCCACGGGCAGCAUGUGAGUAAGAGGAUGGUGUUUGCACGUAUACUCCUGGCAGAAUCAGCCACCUUAAGGAGAAGACCAGCGUCUCCAUUUCAGGACUUGGGGAGCUGUGUGACCGUGCUCUCAGUCUCGGACCUGUGGGCCGGCCAGCGGCCCGGGAGCCUGUCGGUUAUCCUUUCACAGCAAAGAGUCACUGAGUUUGGCCUCAACACGUUUCUCAAACAAACGGUGGAAAAAACCUCGGUCGGAAAGAGAAUGCCUCCGCAUCGCGCUGUGCCAACCCGCGCUCCAGAGGCGGGGAUGCCGCCGCGCCGGUGUCGCCGACGCCCGAGUGACCGGCCUGCGGCCGAGCGUUUCCUCAGUUCCCUUCAGCUCACAUCACACAGCUCUGCCCAGAUCUGCCUCAGGACUGGAGAGGGUUGUGCUCCACGGGUGGGUCAAAGGUGUUCUGGUCCAGUUCUCGAGGAUACAGACCAUACUCUGUGCUCCUCCUCUUCUCUCAUGGACCGACACAGAAACACACUCACACACUCAUGCAGGUGCACACACACGCACACACCCACACAGAUACACACACACUCAUGUAGGUGCACACACACACACGCACACACGUUCCACACCCACAGCUCAGAUACACACACACUCAUGCAGGUGCACACACACGCACACACGUCCCACACCCACACACUCAGAUACACACACACUCAUGCAGGUGCACACGCACACACACACGUCCCACACCCACACACUCAGAUACACACACACUCAUGCAGGUGCACACACAUGCACACACGUUCCACACCCACACACUGAUACACUCAUGCAGGUGCACACACACGCACACACGUUCCACACCCACACACUCAGAUACACACUCAUGCAGGUGCACACACACGCACACACGUCCCACACCCACACACUCAGAUACACACACACUCAUGUAGGUGCACACGCACACACACACUCUCAGAUACACACACACUCAUGCAGGUGCACACGCACACACACGUCCCACACCCACACACUCAGAUACACACACACUCAUGUAGGUGCACACGCACACACACACGUCCCACACCCACACAGAUACACACACACUCAUGUAGGUGCACACACACACACACACGUCCCACACCCACACACUCAGAUACACACACACUCAUGCAGGUGCACACGCACACACACACGUCCCACACCCACACACUCAGAUACACACACACUCAUGCAGGUGCACACGCACACACACACGUCCCACACCCACACACUCAGAUACACACACACUCAUGCAGGUGCACACGCACACACACACGUCCCACACCCACACACUCAGAUACACACACACUCAUGCAGGUGCACACGCACACACACGUCCCACACCCACACACUCAGAUACACACACACUCAUGCAGGUGCACACACACGCACACACGUCCCACACCCACACAGAUACACACACACUCAUGUAGGUGCACACACACACACACGUCCCACACGCACACACUCAGAUACACACACACUCAUGCAGGUGCACACGCACACAGAGACGCACACACAGACACACACACUCCGACACCCACACACUCAGACAGAUGCACGCACAGACUUCUUGACUGAAUGGACAGACUUGGUGUUUGAUCUUUGGAGACCUGACUCCUUUUUAUCCCAGGCAGAAAGGAGUACUCUGCAAGACGGUUCUAGACAAUGGAGCACACUUCUUCACCAAAAUAGGUGGGUAGGGAGCUCUCCCGAGGGGGAGAGCUCACCCUCGGAGGGAGCUUUCUUCGAGUGGAUCUUUCUUCUUGGUUGGGGGGAACCCACUCGAGGACGCUUGAGCCACUGAACUUUCCCCCGAAGGCCACUCGUUUGAUUCCAGGUCUGCCCCGUUCGUAACUGGCCCCAGCCUCUGCGCUGGGUUCCAAACGUCUGCAAGGUGUGCUGGGCCGAGACCCCUCCACACACCACACACACCGUCGCAGAGCGUUUGUGCAGCGGUCCCAGGAGGGUUUAAGACAAAAUAAGUUUAUAUCCUCGGUUUCCUUUAGAAGUACCAGUUAGAUACACUUAUUAAGCAAUCAGGAGGUUCAGUUCCUAUAUUUAAUAGUGGUUACUUCUGAGGUAGUGAACACUUCUUAAUCCAGGUUAAAAGUUGUACUUGCCUGCAGUGGACAAUUAUUGGACAAGAACGGCCCCUGUAGCACUUGUUUACUUUUCUGAAAUAAAGAGAGACACAGAAGUUAUGAUUAUGUACUAGACUCUGUAGCAGCCAUCCAAACAACCCAUACGCCAAAGCAAACAGACCGUCUCUUGGACAUCAUUUUGCAACAGCCUGUUUUGACAAAGAAGAUCAAAAUUAUGCACACAUUUUCAAAGGUUUAUUUUUCUUUUCAAUAUUAAAUUAUUAAACAGAGCUUUGAAAACAAUUCUUACAUUUUCACAGUUUUCUUUUUCCCUUUACAAGUAUGAACUCUGGCCUGAGGUCAACGGAUCCAUCAGUUUGAGCCUUCCUCCCCCCUCCCCCCUCCUCUUGGUUGCUCUAGUUAAUUUGACUUCCCGUUGUUGUUGUGAUAUGUCUAGAUUCUUCACUUAAAUUUUUGAGUUUUGCAAUUUACACUCCGAAUUUCUUACGGUCUAGACAUCACAUUGGAAUGAAACAUUACCGUGAUGUCUCAGAACAGCAUCUUAAAGACACUUCUUGAUCUGUCAGUUUUGUAAGGAUAUCUAAAUUACAGAGAAGCCUCAAUUAUGUCCAAGACACAUAUUUCCAUUUUUAUAAAUCUGAUUAUGUUUAAAACAACUUGUUUAUGCAGAUUUUAGGUUAGAAUUUAUGAAAAUUAACAAGAAGCGUUGAUUAUGUUUAAAACAACUCGGUUGUGCAGAUUUUAGGUCAGAAUUCAUGAAAAUUAACAAGAAGAGUAGAUUAAGAUUUUGUAACCAAAUCCUAAAUCACUACAGAGCACUGCUAGGAAAUUCACUGUAUAAGCUUGAUAUUUUUUGUAAUGCAGUGAAACAACUAAUCAUGUUUACAAAUUAUAUCCAAAUUCUCAGUAAAAUCUUCUAAAUAAAGAAAAUUAAAGACAGAAUUUUGGUUAAUUGGAGGGAAAAAAUGUGUGAGGGGGGUGUGCUCUAAAAUGUGCUGUGAAUGUGAAUUUCUAUGAUA